ACAUUUAAGUGUACACCCUCAGGAUAUUUUUCCAAGUGGCAAAAUAGGUCCUUCCUCCUUAGCCUGCUAAACCCCCCUUGACUGGUUACCUAUUGAGAUACGUUUUUUUUUAUUUUCCCUUUUCCGCGCUGGUUUUAAUUUUUGCGUCGCUUCACCAAAUUGGCGCGUCUGCUUGGAGGGAUUGCCUUGCGCAGAGCUGGUGGCUAUUUUUUUUGCCGCUCUCCCCCCAGUGUGGAGAAAGCAUGGUCAAGUGUGAGCCAGCGUGAAGGAGGGUUAUCAAGCGUGAAGAAGGGUUACCAAACGUGGACGUGAAGACCAGGCAAAAUGGCGCUGCUCACCCUUCUCACCUUUCUCUUUUUCCUCUCCGUGUCUUCCCCCCACCUGUGCUACUCCUUUAAGAGCAAUCGGGGGCGCGAACAGACGCUGCUAAAUUGGGACCCCACACAUGUGCAAAGCUUGGACAAAAAAUUAUUACCAAGUCAGAUGUGGAAAAAAAAUAGGCUCUACUAUGUCUCCUCCAGUAAGAACCUGUUCAGAAACAGCUUCCAGAAGAGUCAAUCGCCCAGGGUGAAGAUGGCCCUUUCGCUAUUCAAGGAUAUUAACAUGUCUAAUCUGUUCCCCGGCUUCAAAACGAUUUUUAACAAAAAGUUCCUCUUCGAGCCCUUGUUCAACUCGCAUAAAGACAUCAUCAUGCGAAAUAUGAAGUCGAUCCAGCUGAUACAAAAAGGAAACGUGGUGAAGAACCUCGUAAUUUUCGGGGCCUCCUGCUUCACCAUUUAUUCUGUGUCCAAGCUGCUCCUAAUGCUCAGGCGGUUCUUCCAAAACCAGUACAAAAUGAUAAGUGAACAAGAAAUAAAAAUGCUCGGCAAGUAUGAAAACCCGCAUGUUGAGUUUAAGGACUGA